UAAAUAUGGAUCGAAUCGUCUUACUGGAGUACGUUGCGUCCGCAGAUGAUGUUACAUAGUAUUUUCAUCGCCGACAAUCGCCGACAACCGCCGGCUUUGCCUGCGAAGUUGACUCAGCUCCCUCAGCUCAACUUCGCAGGCAAGCCUGGGACAAUGCCUGAGACAGAUUAUGAUUCGACGAUAAAUGUUCACAUAUAUCCCAUAACUUGAGUUUGUUAGCACGCGAGGGCAAAACGCGAGAGAAUUCCUCUCAUGGCUAACCCUAAAUUGAAGAAAGCUACAAGAAUGAAGAAUUCUAUUGCGCUGCUAAAACUCUCCAACCUCUCUCCAACCUUGUUGUAAUGGCGUUUUGCCAUAUCGCGCUAACAAAGUCGGCUAUCUUCCGGAAGGGGGUGUUUCACGAACAUUUGGGUGGGGGUGUGCGGCGCGUCUACAAUUUAAAACAAACAACGCUAUUUUCCCUACUCUUUUUCAAACCUAAUCCUUACAUGUAAAUCGAUAUACACUAUAUUCAGACAAGGCCUUACCCAACAAGUGCCUCGGUUCAGACAAGAGACAUAUGAACUAGAAAAAUAGAAAAGUUAGCUUAAGUUGAGUAAUAAGCUUAUCACCUUGUCUAGGUGAUAUGCUUCUGGUUUCACACUCUCGUAUUCUCGGUUUCAGACUGGAAAUAGCUUACAAUAGAGGCUCAUGCGGGAAAAUAUCAUUAAAAAGAGAUCAAUAUCAUUUGUAUUUGAAACGACUUCGUCCAUUAGCCUCGGUUGCUAGCUAGUUCCAGUCCAAAACCGAGAAUACAAAUAUAGUCUAAUGCUGACCGGAAUAUGUAAACAUUUUUCAGACCAAAAUGUUCAAAUUCGGACCAAACUGGCUUCAAAACUACAGGUAUACCCUCAGCGAUAAAUCCGGUCUAACAAAACGUUCCCAAAAUAAUUUUAAAGCAGCUUUUAAAAAACGGCAUUCAAUAGAAUCUACCACCGCGGACUGGCAAUCCAGCAGCGCGACUUAGAAAGAACUCCACUGUGCCAUAUAGUCUACAAAAUAAUACCAUUUUUGUUGGUUAUGACGUCAUAUAAAGUCAAAUGACGUCAUCAGACCCGCAUUCUUGGGUCCACCAUCUCGGAUUUUACUAUUUUCUUAAAAAGUCAAGAAAUAACAGAAAUUAGUACAAAAUCAAGUCAGAAUGCAAAUUCAUGAAUUUCUUCAAUUUGAAGAUAAGUGAGAAAUACAGAAUUAUGUUAAAAAGUUGAUUUUUGGCCACACCUACACGAAAUUUGCGGUUGCCAUGGCAACGUUAAAAGUGAUGGACACACAAUUGACAUAUCAACAUUUUCCCGGAGCCGUGAUGAAUGAACAGCCACUGAAAGUUUACGUACAUUCAUGCAUACAUACAUAAACUUUAUUUAAUCUCGGAUUUAUAGAGUAGCUAGACUUAGCUAAUAUCUCAGAGGAAAGGUAAAAGAACAAGGUUAAAAGUACUAAAUGGCUAAAUAAUUAUGUACAUAUAAUAUUUCCUAACGAUAAUUUAUAGAAUAUGAUAACCUACAAAUUGCGCAUAAAAUUAUAAUUGCGGAUAAGCCGCUCGAAGACGUUAAGUUUCAGGCUCUUAUAAAAGUAAAUCGUCUUUUCAAAACUUUGAAGAAACCUUAUAGGGGGUGGCAUCGUAUCACUUUCCGAAAAUAAGUAAACAGGUAUAAAUCACAAGAAUUGAUUGUCAAUGAGGGUCAGAUCGGGCCCGAUCAAGGCAGGUCGAGUUGUAUUUCCUAGAAAAACCGGAAGUAAUAAUGCACUCCCGUUUACUUUGUUUCGCGUUUAUUUUACACUUAUUUGGUUUAGCAGUGGAGUCAAGCAAAAAGAGCCAAUUCGUUGCACAUCAGCCAAUCAUUGGCCACGGUUGAGUAAUAACACAGCAAAUUCUCAGUAAGAUUGAGACUUUCUCGGAAAUGAUGAAUAAAUUAUAAAGUAUCGAUUACGCCGAUGAGUCAGCCAUUAUCUCGUUAAGAAAGAAGCAGUUUCUCGACCCAAAAAGAAUUUAAAAUGCUUAAAAAGGAUCAAUGUUGGCGUUGUGACACCAUUUGUUCACCUCCAUCUCCAAAGAUCGCCUGUAGUGGAUGCGGAAUAGCGCUUUACUGCAGCAAUGUAUGUAAACACAGCGAUGUGUUUCGGCAUCAGGUUGAUUGUCAAACGGCUGCCCUGAAGAGGAAGUGUGCUGGAUGUGGAAAGGAAAAAACAGGACUGAGGCCUUGUGGUAGCUGUCGAAAAGAAUGGUACUGCGACAAAGAAUGCCAAAGGAAGUCUUGGCCGACACACAAGACUGACUGCCAAGCGAUAAGCGCAAAAACAGAAGAGUUGUCCCGCCAGUUAAAGUUUGGCUACGACUUGAAGAAAUCGCUCACAGGUCCAGGUAUGGGAACCGUCUACUAUUGGGGAAACAUGCCAGCCGUGGAUCUGAUCAACUUGCCGUUGAACGAAGGUGUCCAGUAUAACAAGCCUUUAUCGAUUCUUGUUUGCGGCGUUGGUGACCCGAGAAAUGUUGUACUUUCCUUGUCUCAGCUUCCAGACAGCUAUAAAGAAGAACUGACCUUCGUUUUGAACGACAUCUGCCCUUGUGUGAUGGCACGUACAGUUCUUUUACUAUACAUGCUUAUUGAAGGAGGAGAGCAGAUAGCAAACUCUGUGACGCAAAUUUGGUAUUCACUGCGACUUAGUGAAGAAGACUUCAGGCUUGUGAUGCAUACCAUUCAAGAACUGAUCCAUGCAUCCAGCCUUGAGGAAUUGACAAGAGGCACCAUGAAGAUAGAGCAAGACCAUUUCUACAAACUAGUGCAAGUGUGGCGUACCUGGCUUCACCUUAGUUCUCAAGAGGGAGACUGGAUUACAGAGGAGCGACGAAGGAUGUUUGAGAAGGAUCGCGGUUCAAAGGAUGGAAUAGAUUUGUACUUGAAGGAAAUUCCAAAGGAACAUAAAACAUCUGCUUCUGACUGGUUUGCAAAUGGCAUUCUGUUACCCAAGGGAUCACGAAAAGAGCUCACUCGUGAGAAUGUUACUCUAACGGGCAUUCCUGCCGGUUUUCUAAAUCAAAGUGAUGGUCCUUACCCAUUCAGGUACAUACUGGUUCCUUCUGUAAUUCCAUUUAUAUCGUGGGAUUACAAAGACGUUAAACAACAUUUUCACUGCGCCUCUCUUCUCAAGAUGUACAGUCAGUAUGUGGGACACUUGUUCGAGAGGUGCGUUACGACAUUGGCCUCGGGAAAGGUAAAGUUUCAUUUUCUGUUGAGUAACUGUAUGGAGAUGACUCCAUUCCUUCCUGCAGACCGGAAGUAUGACCGCGUCACCACCUCAAACAUAGGUGAUUAUGUGCCACUUACCAGCAUCUUGGACGUGUGCAAACCACUGUUAAACAAAGCAAACCCUUCUGGCGUUAUCAUUACAGAAUUUCAAAACUGGUCUCAGCAUCAUACGCUGUUUCAAAAAGAAUUACUUCAUUACUUACAAAUGACAAAGAGCUUUCGCCAACAAGUCCUACAAGACACCAAAAAUCCAGCAAUUGCCAACUCCGACGGAAGGGUGGCCUUUGUGGAGUAUCUCGACCACAGCGAAGAGUUCAUCCAGUUUCUUCGCGCUGCCCUCCAUGUUACAGAUCGCGAGACCUCGGAUAAAGUGAAUCGACGGCGCACAUGGAGGUCAGUGGCUGACUAUAAUGGUUUGGUUGCACGUGACUUCCUUCGCUGCCAAAAUCGAGUAUUUCCGGCCAAGUGGAUGCAGAACUGCCGCAGGGUCACCAUGAUGACUGGGUAUGAGAGAGCCGUGGAAUGGAUUGUCAAUCCGCAAUAAUGUUCUUAAUCUUUCAAAGGAAUACUGAAGGAAAACCUUAAUCUAUUCCUUUUGCAGGAUUCCACGUUUCUGCAGUCUACCUUACAACCGUUUGAUAUUUUGUACAUCUGAUUAUUUCCAGUUUAAAUUAUUUCUCGUUAAUGACUUUUUUAGAUGAAUAGCUUUGCGAAAGUGCAGGAUGUAAAUGAAUCUCUGAACGAGCCUUCGUAAUUAGUUUUGAUUUCUUUUUAGCUCCUUGAGAAGAGCUGCAAAUUAUCAUGAAAUUGAUAUUUUUAAAUGGCCUCCGUUAACCACACUUAAAAUCGCAGGGGGCUGGGAUGGAGGAUAAGUACCCCUACUGACUUUAACCGUUGAUAACUUUGUCAAUAUUUUAGUCUAAUUAAAGUAGCCAAACUUUGCGAAUUUAUCUGAAAUUUAUGUAAUAAAAAUUUGGUAGGACAUUUGAUUUUUCUGAAUCCAAGUUGUUGUUUCCAUAUUUUGACAGGCAUAUAUGUUUUUGACCGGCAUGUUUUUUAAAUGCGGAUUUUUCGUGCUUUUACAUUUUAGCGUUGUAUUUUUUUUCCUUGAUUGAUUACUUUUGAGUCGUUUUGGUGGCUCGGCUGACGUUUUGGGAAUGCAACAUCAUAACAUGUAAAAAGGUAACAAUGUGUCCAACUUAACAAUAUUAAAAGUAUCAGUAUCUUAAAUCAUUAGAGUUUUGUUUGUAACCAGAUAAACAAAUAGCUAUAUAUUCUACAGGGCUCCUUUCCCUUUGUUCUGAGGGGAGUUUGGGACAAUCAAGCUGACUAACCCCUUCAAUUGUGAAGUGUCUGUAAAGCUCGGAGCGGCUUUGAUUGUUGCAGGGGAGAGCAUGCAAGCGCGCGCGUGAAGACUGGGGAGGGGAAAAUAACAAGCGUUCACUGAAUCACUGCACAACGUGCCUUCUUUACUAUGCUAUCCUCGAGAACCUUAAGGAGAGGAGAAAGCCAGUUUCACCGCAGUUUCAGAUCUGCAAAAAUCAGUUAUUGAUUGUUCAAGACUAUAUGAUGAUCAUCGCAGUUAAUUUUCCAAUUUAAGCAAUUGGAAAGAAGAAGCCUGAAAAAAUCAGGGCUUC